GAGGAAGUAUUAUUAUUAUUGAUAUACUUCUGAGUAGGUAGUGUUUAAACAUGUUACGUUUCAUCUUUUGUUGUCUAAUUGCAGGAGUCUUAUUCACGAGAAUUGUUGAUUGAUUGGACAGUGAGGUGUUCAUACAUGACAGUGAAUAGUGCAUUGCCCAUCACUGUCAGAUCACAUGUGGCAUGACCUGUGUCUGAGUGCUGCUGCUUCAAGAAGUGGCUACAACAGUGACUUUAUAUUUGUGAAGAAAUGCAGAAAUACUGAAAAAUGAAGUGAGCUGAUGAUAACUUGGAUGUCCAGGUGUUACAACCGAAAAAAGUUAUGAGUGAAAGCAGUGAUGUGGAAUCACCGUGAAAUGAAUGGAACAGAGUAGCAUACAGAUGGUAGGGACAAGUUGUGACUGUAAGUCUGUGAUUCAUGGAUACUGACCCUGGUAUUAUUUGUUUUCAACACUGUGAUUCUAAAGUAUUUUGUUUCGAAUUACCAGAAAAAUGUCCUGUGUGUCUAAGUCCUAUGGCAAAUACUGUACUUCCUCUUCCUCCAUUCAGGAUUCCAUACCCAUUUGUGCGUGCAUCACAGCAUUCAUGUUGCAUAGUUAUGAAACCUACAAAUGGAGAUUUCCUCAACGAUUACUUGAAUUCUAAAGACCUUCAUAUAGGAGUCACUUCAUCUAAGGGGCUAGUGGUAGAAUAUGACAAAAAUGGGUUGCAGUAUGACAAAGCGAGCUUGUGGAAACAGUGCUUAAUAGUAGAUGGUGCUGAUGAGUCUUGGAGUGAAAUAUGGGAUAAUACUUUAAGACAUGUGUCCAGUCUGACUUGCUGGUCUUCUGAAAGGUACAAUGAAGAAAAUUUCAACUGUUACAAUUUUGUUUUGAAAUUUUUGCAAGAGCUGAGGUAUGGAGCCCUCAGUGCAGCCGCUGUCAGUAGAACAAGAUUUUGUGAAAGUUACAUUGUGCCUCAAACUACAACAGCAGGAAAGUACAUUUCUCUGUACCGAAAACUGAAAAAAAGUGGCUGUGUUACUCACAGAAUAUCUUCAAAACAUACUGCCUGUAACACACUUAAAUAGGGUGUGUUUCUAUAUGUUGCAGUAUUUUUGUUUUAUCAUCUAAAUGUAUAUUUUUUAAAUAAAAUUUACUAUUCCUAACAAAUA